AAAUGAACAGCAUGAGGAACAAAGUUGUGAAGAAAGCAACCAAAUUGGCAGGACAAGCUUCGAAAUGAUAUAAGAAGCCAGCCUCUUCUUCUUGUGGCAGAACUAAAGAAGGAGCACAACCUAGACUUGGUGUGAAGGGAGUGAAGGACAGGAGGCCUAAAAAGCAUCCAGAGGAGGACAAAGAUGCUCAACAAUACGUGACUGUUGGAAAAACCACGAAAGAAUGAGAGAACAGAGAUAAUGGAGAAAAUAUUAUAAACCAGGCUAAAAUGAAGACUAGUAGUAUUGGCUCUACAUUUAAAAGUGACGAAUCUUGAUCUAAAAAUAAGCUAAGCAUUGUAAAUAUCCUGAGCACUCAAGGUGAUUCCUCAUCAAAUGGCACACAUUUUGCUGAUAGAAAACAUAGCACUGCUACUAAGAUAAAAUUUAAUUCUAUGUCAAGUGGCAGCAACGAGAGGAACACUCUAAAGAAAGGCAAGAAAGGGUCUAGCGAGCCAAAAAUUCAGGAGAAACCUAAAGAGCCAAUUUUAAAAAUGGAUGAGAGUAAGAAGCCUGAGUUUUAUCAAAGAAUGAAGAAGGAAAAUAGCAGGAAUCUUCAUCAUCAACAAAACAACCAUCAUCGUUAUAAGCUAUACAGCUCCUCAGAGCGGGAGCAUGAAGAAGUGCCUCCAAAUUAUUCAGCUAAGACUACUGAAAAACUGAAGAUUGCGAAGAAGCAGGUAAAGGACAUUCUCAGCAAGUCAAAAGCAAAAGGAGCCAAUAUAAACCCUGCCAAUAUCAAGAGUAGUAGUGGGAAGCUAAAAAGUAGAGGGAGAUCAAAUAAGAGUGCUCAGAUAUCCAACAGGAACUCUAGUAAUGAAGGAGGCACUGGGACUUUAAAAAUAAAGAAGAAUCCUCAUCAGGCGAUAAAAUUCAAUAAGAAAAAAAUCCAAUUUGUGAGGCAAAAUUCACAACAUAAUAAGCGAACCAGGAGCCUUAGCAAUAAUGUCAAGACUUUUCAGUCUAAGAAGUCUGAUGAAAGUGGGAACACUAACAACGAUGCUGAUGACAACUCCUCAAGUAGCAAGAAGAUCAGCAAGGUUGACAGUCAUCCUAACUGGAAGAUCAGUGCCAAAAACAAUGAAAAGAUUGGUGCAAUUGCCUCUAUAUCUAAAUAUAGCACGCCUGGAAGCUACCCUUCAGAUAAUUUCCAAGCUUGUACACUUACAAAGGAAAAUAGAAAUGGAAACAUAGAGCAAAAAUAAUUGAAUGGGAGCAGAUCCUAAUCCCAUAUCUCCUACAAGUGCAAAAUCUCUGAUAGAGAAUGAUACUUUCUCUGCUAAAGUGCAAUCGAAAGGAAUAGUAACUCCAAGUAGCAAUAUUCUCUCGAUGACUAUUAAGAAAAAGGAGGGAAAAUCAGGGAAAAACUCUGGAACAAUAGAAGCAAGUAGUUACAACUCAUUGAUCUCACAUCAAAGCAAGUCAUUGUCCAAUACCAAGAACGAAAAAUCUAGCCGGUCGAUUAUCAACAGGAAGGCUAUUGCCUCUAAGAAAAGGAUCAGCAGUAAAGAAGAGUCCUCUGCAUCCUCAAAGAACAAAUAUAAAGCCACUCAAGAAGCUCUGGUGUCCAAAAAGUAUUCUGAACUCAAUGUGAAUAAUGAAAUCGCGAAGAGCCACAACCUUGGGUUUAACUACAAAAGAAGCUCUAUCAAGUCUGAUAACUCUGAAGAUACCCUGAAAUCUCCUGUUACAAAGGGAAGCGAGAAAUGAUAUCUUGACACUAUCAGUAAGACUGAUAAGCAAAGUGAGGAGAAAUAUAAGAAGGAAUACACAGAGAGACACAACAACUAUGAUUCAUUGAAAUUUGAGCACAACAACUACUUCAUCACUGAGAAGUAUAGCAUGACUAAUGAACUGAGUGACAAGAGGCUUUCAACCCAGCCAGAGACUCACUUCUCAGAACCGAAGAAAUCUAAGAGAGAUAGGAAGUUAAAGUCACCUAAUUUUGAGAAGAGCCAUAUCCAGGAGGGUAUGAGCCUCAACAGUAUAUCUUCCAAAACAAUUGAGGAAGGUCAUGGGUCGAAACAGAUCUUCUUCGAUAAUAAGAUUCACAUGAAUAAGGAGAACAGUAAGAGGAUCAGGAUGGAAAUGAAUCCUGAAUUAAAGAGCUCAAGUAAAACUCAUAAAGCUGUCUUUAAGAACUAUACCAAGAAUGAACAAUUCCUGAAAAAGAAAAGCCUCAAGAAAUCUCAUGAGAGGAAGAGUGGUAAAGACUCUAAGAACUCUAAUUCUGAGUCUGAAGUCAGCAGCAUGCUGAAUAAUAGUUUUAAGACCCAAGAAAAUCCUAAAAGGACACCUAAGAAUCGUGGGAUCACCAGCGCUUCAUCAAUUCAGAGUUUCCAAUCCUUCAAAAAGAAGUCUUUCCAUGAGAUACUUGGCUCAAAGACUAAGACUGUAAAGGAAUAUGAGAUUAAGGAGCAGGUGUCCAAUAUUGUCAAUAAAAACAGAGAUUCAUUGGGUGAUACUGAAGGGAUUCAAAGAGACAUUCUUCACACUCCAAAAGGAAUAGACGAGACUCUGAGCUCUAUUUAUAGCACAAUCGAAGAAAAUUCUGUGUGAAAUAAACGACAUGAUAUCUCUGUUGUAGAAGCAGAUGGAAUUCUUGAUCAGAUUAAUAGCAGAAUGAUGAAACUCCACUUUGAAAUGAUAUAUAAAAAUUUAGACAAGGAAGAAGGAAAAUGAGAAGACUUCUCAUUUGAGAUUGAUAAUACCAAUAAUAUGCUGGUUCCGAAGAACUCUGAUGCACCUAUAAAAACAAAGAACUUUGUCCAGUUGCCAAAUAGAGAAGAUUUAUAUGUUGAAACACAAGGAUCUAAUGGGAACCCUCAAUGGGUAGCUGAUACUCAAACAAUUAGGAUUUUUCCAACAAGCCCUUCACGAAGAGAUAAUGCAUCAAUCUCCUCUCCUUUUACCUCACCUGAGACUAACCAUAGGUCUCCCAACGGGACAACUAUUGGAAGUCCGAAUCCUAGUCAACAGAGCAGUGCACAUCAUGAUCAGAAGGCUGGUGUUAAAACCUCAAUGUAUAAUCUACAAUGCAGUUCGAGCCAUUAUUACGAGAAAAGUUUGUUCGUUGAACCAAACUUACCUCCGAAAGACCAAAUAAUGGUUGAAAUCAAAGACCAUGAGGACCAUGCCAAGGAUAAGUCUGAUGAUAUUGAAAUUGACAGAGAACUAGAAUACAGCCAAAACUUCAUCUCUCUGAACGACUCUUCCACAAGCCAGGUAGAAAAGAGUUUUGAGUCAAAAAUGUCAGAAGGCACAGAAAGUAUAAACCCGAAUAAUUAUUCCUUCAUCAGCUGUGCCAAUUUUAUCAAGCAAGGGAAAGAGAAGAGGUUCAUGAGCUUUCUUCGAGAUAAGAUCCACGUACUAGAGGAGGAGACUAUAUGCCUUCUUCCAUCACUGAAUAUGCAGAAUCAGUUGAAGCAGUAUAAGCCUAGCUUCUUUGCUAUCAACUACCAGCAUUUGGAAGGUCCUAAACUGGAAUACUUCCUUUAGUAGUUAUCUAGGAUUUUGGUUUAGCAAGUUUAAACUUCAA